UACGUUCAACUUGUAGAGAAGACAUUACAAUCUUUCGAUAAAGAGGUUAAUGAAUGGGCCGAUUUCAUAUCUUUCUUGGGACGGCUUUUAAAGGUUGAGUACAGAUACGCCUUUCAAGCAUAUCCUCAAUUCCCCGUGAUACCUCGAAAGUUAGUUGUUGCAAAACGGCUUGCCCAGUCAUUAAAUCCAACGUUACCGCCUGGAGUACAUCAAAAGGCAUUAGAGGUCUAUGCACACAUUUUCAAAAGUAUAGGGACUGACCAAUUAGCCGAGGAUCUGCCUGUUUACUCUCAUGGCCUUUUCCCAUUUCUUCAAUACGCUGCAAUGAAUGUGAAGCCACAAUUAUUAGAAAUAUAUGAGGUGUACUUUCUUCCACUGCGUACGCGCUUACGUCCAGUCAUGAAAGCUUUCAUCACCGCGUUGUUGCCUGGGCUUGAAGAAGAGGGUAGCGAAUCAUUUGACAAAGUUUUGUCUCUUUUUGACGAAUUAUCGGGAACAGUGGAGCAAUCAUAUUUUCUUCAGUGUUUGUGGCUUGUUUUGAUUACAUCGCCUUCCUUACGAACUCCCGCGUUGAAUUAUUUAUCAGGCCAAAUGCAAAAAAUUGCGUCGAAAGAGGCUGUGGUGCUUGGAGAUGAUGCGGGAUUAAUGGUUCGAGCAUUAUCAGCUACGCUAGGAGACAAAAAUGUUUUAGUUCAGCGAGCGGUACUUGAAUUACUAGUUGUUAGUUUUCCGUUUAAGGUUAAAAACUUUGGAGAAAGACUCUAUGCAUGGCUUCUAGGACCUGAUGAGAAUCCAGAACAUCAGAUUCAACAUUUUUAUGACUACGGAAAGAGUCCAAUGGUUUCUGCUCUAAAAACCAAUGAUUUGAUUAGUGCACAAAAGCCAUACAAAAUUUUGAUUUCACUGAUGGACAAGGAGGAGAUUGGACAGCCUCUGGUACAAGAUCUAUUGAUUGAUGUGUUAUGGUCUCUAAAGGAUCACGUUGAAAGAUCACCAUUUGGGACAGAAGCGUUGGAAUUGAUAGGAUUCGUGUUAAAAUCCUUUAAAUUGCACGAAGAAGAAAUUGAACAAAAGCAUUUGCCGUUAUUCUUAAUUGCUUUGUUGUGUCAACUUCAUAAAUUUGCAGAUGAUUCAAAUUUUAAUACGCAUAUUUCGCAAGUUGAAUCAGCAUUACUUUUAGCGUUUGAUCUUCUUAAAAGAAUACCGAAUAGUGUUUUUAACCGUCACGCUCGUGAUCCCACGGAGGUUCUAGCAGAAAAACGAAAAUCCACGAUCGACGAGGCUUCCCAGGGAAAAGAAGAUGGUGAAACGAAGGAUUCAAGUGAGGAAUCUCGAGUGGAACUCCAUUUUCAUACAGGGAUGGAUCCAAUGGAAUAUGUUCAUGACUUCUAUCUUGAUAAUGAGGAAAUUGAAAAUAAAGAGUUUGGUGGCAUUUAUGGCCGUUUUUUGGCAGAGGAAUUAUUAAAGGCAAUUCGAAGUUUCUUGAACCGUUUAAUUAUUCAGUCAGUAUUGGUUAAUGGUCAGAAUACCAAUACAGGUGCUUUGUCCGCAGUGAUGGACUAUGGUUGUGGACUGUUGAAGGCAAUUUCAACGAGAAUUAGUCGUAUGGAUUUCGAAACUCGGGAACAUAAAGAGAUAAUAUGUAGAUUAUACGAAGGAGAGUGGAUCAUGUCUUUAUUGAAAUGCACCUAUAUGGUCAAACAUUUUAAUAUCAUUGAUUCGGCGCUAUCAAUUCUUCUCGACCUUAUAAUUGAUAAAAAACUUGUUUUGCCUCGUUUACUUGAUUCCAAGCAUCAAAUACGCGAAAUUGUUGAUAAUUUAUGGAGUUUUCUUGGAUCUCAGCACAAUGUCCUUCAUUUAAGAGCCGUCCAGUUAAUUUGGAAACUCAAAGAUAUCUCACAAACAAACUAUGUUGAAGCCGUAAUUUCGGAGUACCUGAUAGAAAAGGACACUUUGACACGGAUUACCAAUUUCGAACGUUUCGGUAUCUUUUGGUUACUCUCUGAAGGGUUUAGUGAUAAAUGUAUGAAUUUCACGCAACCAAUGUUUUUGGUUCUGGACUCUUUACGAGAUGAAGACCCAACGAACCGCCGGGCAGGUGAAACGUGGAUGAGGUGGAAUCAUAAAUCGUAUCUUCGAAUAUUGCAGCCUAUGAUAGAAAUUCUUGUAGAUGCCACCAUAAUUCGUCAAACAACGGAAUGGCAAGCUGGAAAUGAGACAUUUGAGAUACUUUAUUAUGAAAAACCGUUUAAUCAGGCUCGCGUAGAUUAUAUUUUCGAAACAUUAUCUACAAUUUGUAGAGUCGGCGGUCGAUCAUUUUUGAAGGCCAUACACACUUCGUUUGUGAAAACCGAUUUGAUUUCGUCCUGCACUUGGCUACCCACGGAAGUUGGAAGUUCGUUGACCUCAAUAACAUAUAGCGAGCUUUUUAUCAAGACCGGCCUGUUGUACAUCGAGUCGGAAGUCCCGGAGAGUUUAUCAUCAUCGAUGAGUACCUUGAAUCAGAGUAUUCACAUGCACGUUACCGAGUUUCUCCUUCGCCUAAUCAAGAUACAAGAUUUAGUGAAAAUUGACAUGAUUCACUUGGUCCACGAAGUGAUUCUACGGAAGAUGCUCUACUGCAUUUAUAUAAAUCAACUAAAUUUACAGGCCAGAUUAUUGCCACUGUUGCGUUCUACAAUCACAAGCAUCGGACCGUUAAGUGAAUUCCUUGUGAAUGGGUCACUUAACCCAAAUUCACCGGUAAACAAGAAAUUUCCAAUGGAUCCAAUUUAUUCGGGUUCUCCGUCCAGCGUCGACAGAACUUUUGUGAAAGAUGACAAGGAUAAAAACGCAAAUUCGAGGUACUAUAGAACCGGCGAGGCUACUAUCCUCAUGGUGAAAGUUUUGACCGAGGCCAUAUCGAGACCAUCCAAUCGCCCUCUCUUGCAAAAAUGGAUGGAUCUGAUUGAAAUUUCAUUGCCAUAUUUUCGGCCAUCUUUCAACACAGUUUUGGCGCCGUUGAUUCAGUGCAUCUGCGAACAAUUAAAUCAAUGGAAAUCAGAAGCCAACUAUCAUUAUAUUCUUGUGGCCAAUAAUAACGAAUCGAAAUCGAACGCCAAUGAUCCGGCAAUGUCGGAUUGGGAUAUUAUAACGUUGUUGAAUGGUUUCGAAGAGGUGGUGAAAGAUUGUCUUAACAAACAUCCCAAUGAAGAUGUCGACUCCAUCCCUUACGGGGUUUCGAAAGGUUACGAUACGACGCUCGGACUUCCCGCGUUAACAGGCUAUGUCACUGGAGUGUUUUCAAUGGAUACUGGCGUUUACGAGACCACCACACCUGAACAAAAACCCCGUGAUUACAUACUAUACACGGUUUUCCCCGACAUAGUUUCCAUUAUAUUGGACAUUUGGACGAUUUUUAAAAAUGUGUUCUCGCCAAAUAAUGAACAAAGGGUUGGCGUAGAUCCAUUCGUUAUUUCACUUGAACACACGGGGAAAAGGAUUAAAGAGCGAAUCAAGAAGUUGCUAGAGGAGCUGCAUAAAAGGGCACACGCAGAACUUGUUGAAGCCUUUGUCGAACUUUGGUACAUAGAAAACCCGGAUAUCACUGCGGCGAUUUCUGAGGUGAUCAUAAGAGACGUGGACAGCACGGUGAUAGAAGUCCUAAAAGCCAUUCCAGGCUCCUCCCCGCAGAAAGUCAUCAACACGCUUCUGAUAAGCGCGCGUAAUCGAUCCACCGGUUCACAUCCGCAAAAAAAUAAAAAACUCGCGGCGAGACCUGGAAAGUUGACUGAUAUCCUGAUUCUACGAUUCCUCGAAGUCUACGCUGACUCUUUGGACAAAGCAGACCCCUUGAUCGAAGUAUGGCCUCAAUGCAUGUCUUACAUAAAGGAUUUCGCGCAGACAUCAGCUUACAAGAAUUUGUUCCCAUCCAUUUUAAGGUUCAUGCAUGGAUUGGCUGAUAGAUUAUGUCUGACUUCAUAUUUUGAAGACAAGAAAGACUCUUACCAACGCGUUUUGGAUUAUUGCAUUUUAAUAGCCGGACGUUCGUAUGAUCAAGGAUUAUGGCUUAGAAGGACAAUUCCUCAGGAAGGAGAUGAUAGAGCCAGUGGUGAUGAAACCGAAGAAAAGGAAGCAGAAUCGGGAAGAUUAAUAAACAUCAUGCCCGAAGAAAAAAAGAUAAACAUAUACUUCGCCGAGGUUGUGAUUCCGGAUAUAAGACGAUUGCUCGUCGAUCAGGACCGGAUUAUUUCCAUAGUAACUAAUCUUAUGUACUAUGUUAUCGCGCCAGCGUUGAAGAAUCGUCCCAAUACUGGUGUGAGUUCCGUGAUACUCAAUCUUCUUUAUGAAACUUCCAAGAUACCCUUUGUAUAUCGGGUGUGGCGCAAGGAGGUAUGGGAUGUUUUCACGGAUAAUCGAUUCUUCAACAUGAGUCCAUCGGCAGCAAAGAAAUGGCGUGCUAUAAUGCAAACAAUUAUGACUUCGGAAAAAGAGAGAUUUGGUGAAGUAUUGGCUCGUAUAACCACCACAAUCGCCAACGCUUUGUUUGUUAAUAAGGAACAGGAGUCUUUGAACCGUGCCUUGAAUCUCCGAAGACUCUCUUAUAUAUUAUUUUGCGGCAAAUUAGAUCAAUACUUAAAACAAUUGCCUAGCAUAGCUGAAAAAUUGGUGGAAUUGUUCAAGUUGGGUUUUGUCGAAUUAGUGCAUUCAGAGAUAUAUCUGUGUUUGCGAGUGCUGAUGUGUCGCGUUUCUAACCAACAUCUUUCAAACUUUUGGCCCGGUAUUCUCACCGAAUUGUUUUGUCUAUACGGGUCCUUCGUCCAAAAAGAAAACAAUAAAAGUACGGCCGAACAACCUGAAGUUGCCAAGUCCCUCUUGGCAGCAUGCAAAUUCCUGGAUUUACUAUUUGUGAUUCAGACGCACGAUUUUCAGGUGUUUGAAUGGAUGUUUAUUGCGGAUACUGUCAACGUGAUAACUCGUUCACUCGAAUGGUCGCCUUACGCGCUACUGGACAAGUUGGGAAGUCAUUUGUCAGGGAAACAAGAGAAUGUGUCAACGGCAAGUCUAGAUAACCUGUCGAACAGCCUAUAUAUGAAAUCGAGAUCGUUGCUAUCGUCGACCACUUCUAUUUCGGUCAAUGAAGGGAAACGUCCGCUAUUAAAGUUGCGAAGUAUCAGCAACGUAAGGCAACUGGAACCUUUCCUGAAGGAAAUAAGUUUGUAUGCAUAUCAAUCAACGUAUACACUCGCGGAACCCGAUUUUCCAUAUAUUGAGGAUUGGUUAGAGGGCGAUUUGUUAGAGUAUAAUAGUGCGGAAGUGGGUAAUGUGGAGGCGAGCGGAAGUGAUAAUUUUUAA